AUGCGGCCGGACGGCUUCGCCUUCCCGGACUGGGCCUACAAGCCGGAGUCGAGCCCGGGCUCGCGGCAGAUCCAGCUGUGGCACUUCAUCCUGGAGCUGCACUUCAUCCGGGAGCUGCUGCAGAAGGAGGAGUACCGCGGGGUCAUCGCCUGGCAGGGCGACUACGGCGAGUUCGUCAUCAAGGACCCGGACGAGGUGGCGCGGCUGUGGGGCGUGCGCAAGUGCAAGCCCCACAUGAACUACGACAAGCUCAGCCGGGCGCUGCGGUACUACUACAACAAGCGCAUCCUGCACAAGACCAAGGGCAAACGCUUCACCUACAAGUUCAACUUCAGCAAGGUGGUGCUGGUCAACUACCCGCUGCUGGACGUGGCGCCGCCGCUGCUGCUGGCCCAGGGGCCCUGCCCCGCCGCCGGCCCUGCACCCGGUCCCGACUGCGCCCCGCUCACCCCCGAGGUACCGCCCCGCUCACCCCCAGGCGUUAACCCCGGGAGCGGACACACGGGGGCGGAGGGGGGACCCCGCUAG